CACCAUCGCAACUUUAUUAUCACUUUGGGGGUCCCUAUGUUGCUCCUCCCACUGCCCCUCAUCAGCCCCACCUCGGUUGCACGCUGUGGCUACACCAUCCUUCUGAUGGCGCUCUACUGGUGCACUGAGUGUUUACCACUGGCGGUGACGGCCAUGUUGCCGGUGGUCCUGUUCCCCAUGAUGGGCAUCAUGCAGGCACAACAGGUGAGCAUUGAGUACCUGAAGGACACCAACAUGCUCUUCAUAGGUGGACUGGUGGUGGCCAUUGCAGUGGAGCAGUGGAACCUUCACAAGCGCAUCGCUCUGCGGGUUCUGCUGCUCGUGGGCGUACGUCCGGCGCUGCUGAUGAUGGGCUUUAUGAUGGUGUCGUCAUUCCUGUCCAUGUGGAUCAGUAACACGGCCACCACAGCCAUGAUGUUGCCCAUCGCCCAAGCUGUCCUGCAGCAGUUGAAGGCCACACAGACCAGACAGAUCCACACAGACUCCACUGAUCUCAGGGAUCGGGACCACUCCGCUUUGGAGAUGAAAACUUCCCAACGGGAAGUGAAGCAGGAUAAAGAUCAAGGCACUACGCAGGGAGAUCCAGAACGUGAGUAGCCAGCUGAGGUGGACAGCAACUUUGAGCGUUUAUCCAAAGGCAUCAGUCUGAGCGUUUGCUACUCUGCCAGUAUCGGAGGGACCGCCACGCUCACAGGGACCACGCCCAACUUAAUCCUCAAGGGACAAGUUGACAAACUCUUUCCUGAGAACAAGGACAUCAUCAACUUUGCCAGCUGGUUUGGCUUCGCCUUCCCAAACAUGAUUCUUAUGCUGCUGCUCUCUUGGCUCUGGCUGCAGUUCAUGUUCCUCGGUUUCAACUUCCGCCAGACAUUUGGCUGCGGCUCAUCGAACAGUCGCGACCAUGAGGCGUAUGCCGUCAUAAAGGAGGAGUACAGAAAGUUAGGGAACAUGAAGUUUGCUGAAGGGGCAGUUCUGGGUGCCUUUAUCCUGUUGGUGCUUCUUUGGUUCACCCGAGACCCGGGCUUCAUUGACGGAUGGGCUAGUGUUCUCUUCAACAAGAAGGGCCCCUUCGUGUCAGAUGGAACGGUUGCUAUCUUCGUUUCCUUGCUCUUCUUUCUCAUUCCCUCGCGGCUGCCUAGCUGCAAAGGCUACGGUCAUGAUGAUACGGGUGCGAGGGUGACUGCUCCUGCCACGCUGCUCACCUGGCAGGUGGUCCAGGAGCACAUGCCCUGGAACAUUGUGCUGCUUCUGGGGGGAGGCUACGCGCUCGCCACAGGAAGUGAGGUGUCAGGUUUAUCAACAUGGCUAGGCAACAGUUUGGCGCCGUUGAAAAAGAUCCCGGCUUUCGCCAUCUCGUUACUACUGAGCCUUCUGGUUGCCACGUUCACCGAGUGCUCCAGUAACGUGGCCACCACCACGCUGUUCCUGCCCGUCCUGGCAUCUAUGGCUAUUAGCAUAAAGCUCCACCCACUUUAUGUGAUGCUUCCCUGCACCAUUGCCGCCUCGCUGGCCUUCAUGUUGCCUGUGGCCACGCCACCCAAUGCCAUCGCCUUCUCCUAUGGGAACCUCAGAGUCAUGGACAUGGUCAAAGCUGGUUUCAUGCUGAACAUCAUCGGAAUUCUGACCAUCAAUUUGGGCAUCAACACGUGGGGAUACGUCAUGUUUGACAUGGACACUUUCCCCACCUGGGCCAACGUCUCACAACCGUAA